UCCUACAGGGAAUGUACGUUAACAUUCCGUAAUAGUUGGCUCUACUGGAAAUGAAUAGUGAGAGGCACGUGGAGAAGUGAUUUGAAAAUAUAUUCAAGUUUUAUAUUAUGAUAUUGAAUAUUUUUGCAGAUAUUCUUCCCAAGUGUUUGGCGUUUAAUAGAGCUACUGGUAACUUCAACAAAAAACUAUGUUACCAGAUUCUUUUAAUCCCAAAUCGCCAUUAUGCUGCACUAAAAAGAUUUUACCGAAGAACAGGCAUUCUGAACAGUGAUGGAAAGUUUGAAAUAACUCUUGAUCAACGGAAACUUAAAACACCCAAAGGUAACCCAUUUAUCAUUAACAGCGAGCCACUGGCGCUUGCUGUUGCAGCUGAAUGGGAUGCCCAGAAAGAAAAAAUUUGGCAGAGUUCCAUGCAUUUGACAGCUCUGUGCAGCACGGCCAUUGACAACCCGAACAACUUAACCAAGUCUGAUUUAGUUCAACAUAUAAUGAGUUAUUUGGACACGGACACUGUGCUGUUUCAGUCAAGUGAAGCAGACGAGCUGUAUGAACUGCAAAUACAAGAGUGGGAACCUAUAUUGAAAUGGUUCUGCAAGCGUUAUGACGUGAAACUCGAAGCUGCAAGAGACAUUUCUGGCCCAACUAUCAGUCACGAAACUAAAAAUGUACUCACAAAGCAUCUCUCAUCCUUUAACUUUUGGGCAGUUCAUGGUUUCAGUUUUGGAGUUGAAGCACUGAAGUCUGUAAUUCUGACACUGUGCUGCACAGACAGGCAUAUCAGUGUUGAAAAGGCAGUCCUGCUGUCAUGCCUGGAAGAGGAGUUCCAGAGUGGUCACUGGGGUCGUGUUGAAUGGGCUCACGACUUGAAUCAGCAGGAGAUGCAAGCUCGAUUAGCAGCUGCAGUACUGUUCAUUCAACUGAAUUCUUCCUCUACAUUUGUACAGUCCAAGCAACAAUGUGUAGCAGCAUGAAUAUCACAUGUACACAGUUUUAAAUAAAUUAAUUGCACUGCU